CAAGGACAUGCAAAUAAAAUGAAGAAUAACAUAUUUGUCACAAUGUGCAUGAGGUGAUCAGUUCAUUGAACUUGGCAUGUCUUUUGAAUAUCACUACCAUAAGGAAUGACACAUGGUAGCAUUGUUCUCUAAUCUUGUUUUCAAAUCUUGUACUGUAAGCACUUUUUUUUUUUUUACCAAUACCACAUAUUUCACUUUGCCUAUACACGAUAACAUUAUUUUAAGGAGAACAGCCAGACUACUAGUGAAAAAUUCCCACAAGCCAGUGUAAUUGGGAAUGUGAAACUUGUUGGGCCUGAUUGGAUGAGUCUGCCAUCAGUCAGUGGGAGUGUGUGUAAGCUGGAGGGUUGUAUUUGAGAAGCCAACGGAGGAGAAGAGCAGUACUAAAGUGACCGGGCUUGCUGUCAGGAUACAUUCAGCUCCUGUCCUAAAGGACGCCUGUGGUUCUGGAAUGGCACUGAUUGAGCUUAUCUUUAUCUUGAGUGGCGCCUGCAUUGUCCUCUUUUGGCUGGCACGCGGGUUUAUGAUGCUUGCUCUGAAGGUCUGCUGGCCGAUUCCUGGGAAUUUCUUUACCUCCAUGGGAAAAUGGGCAGUCAUCACUGGUGGAUCAGAAGGAAUAGGAAAAGCUUAUGCAGAAGAGUUUGCAAGACUUGGGCUGAAUGUGGUAAUCAUUAGCAGGAGUAAAGAGAAGCUUGACAGAGCUGCAAGAGACAUAGAGGUUAAAAUGGACAGAAAGGUCAUGGUCAUAGCCGCCGAUUUUACCAAGGAUGACAUUUAUGGACACAUUAAGGAAAAUAUUCAGGGUUUGGAUAUUGCUGUUUUAGUUAACAAUGUGGGAAUUCUGCCAAGUAAAGUACCCUACAAAUUCCUUGAAACAGUUCAUCUGGAAGAGAAAGUUCAUCAAAUGAUCAACUGUAAUGUCAAAGCAGUGGUCAAGAUGUGCCACAUUGUCCUUCCUGGAAUGGUGGAAAGACAACGGGGUAUCAUCCUGAACAUUUCAUCUGGCAUUUCUAAAAUUCCCUUCCCCUUGUACACUUUAUAUUCAUCUACAAAGGUGUUUACUGAGAUAUUCUCACGAGGGCUUCAAGCUGAAUACAAAUCCAGUGGAAUUCUUAUUCAGAGUGUGUCUCCUUUUGGGGUCUCCACUGCAAUGACGGGCUUUCAGAAACCAAGCAUUAUUACAUUCACUCCUGAGGGGUUUGUGAGCGGCUCCCUGAUGCAUCUGAAAGCUGGAGAGCAAACCUAUGGGAGUGUCAGCCAUGCAAUUCUGGGCUGGAUCAUCCAGGCAAUCCCCAACUGGGUUCUGAGAAGAGAAGCAUUUCAGAAUAACUUUCAGGAGUAUAUAAAGAAGCAAGUGGACAGCUGAGUGCUUUGUUUAUAGCCGAGCAUUUUGCUAGUGCAUAUUAUUUUUUGAUGACUCUAGUAAUUGUUGUUUAUAUGUCACCAUCUGAAAACCACUGGAUGUCUGGGUCAUACUAAAUACUUUUCCAGCACUCUAAGAUAGCAGAAUCUCGGCAUUUACUUGACUUUACUUCCCAUGCUGAAAGACAUAGGAGCAGGGUCAGCCUGCAUCUUAACUGCAGACAGUCUGCCUCCUAAUUGGUCUCUAGAUAAAGGAGAAAAGCAAUAAAAUUAUACAGCAGGUAAUUUUUUUUACUGUCCGUUUCAAGGCAAAUUGCUUUUAAAUGAAUUAUCAGGCACAUUUAUCAAGUGCACAUCAUUUUGUCCACAAGUAACCCCUACAUGAAAACAGUGUGGGGAUGAGAAAAAUGUUUAGAAUACAUGGCUCCAUCUAGUGGGCAUAAGAGUCCUGUAUGUAACAACUUAAUUUAGAGUUAAGAUCGCAGCAGGAGUUAGGGGUUUUGUAAUUAUUUUGGCAACCAUGUGUAAAUAUUAGUGGUCCUACACAAGAACAAUACUCCAUUUGUAGUUGUACACUAGGUUUCAUACUAUCUUCAGUAACUGCUUUAUCUUCAGUAACUGCUUUAUCCUGGUCAGGGUUGAAGUAGAUCAGGAGUAUAUCUGAAGAACAUGGAGCCUGAGGUUGGAAUACACCCUGAAUGCCCUGAAUAGCAGAAUAUUCACACCUAGCAGAAUUUUAGCGUAGC